AUGGAUCAAGACCCAGCUGCGUUUAUACAGGAGAUGAGGAGAAGAAUGGAGGCUAUGCAGGCGAAAAUAGAAACUUUGAGGGCUGAGCGUGAUGCGGCUAGAGGGGCGCAAGCUAAUCGUCCUGCGCGCGCCUUGUCACCAGUGGUGGAGAUGUCGGAAACUGAUCCGAAUUCAGAAGAUGGUACGGACCCGAUGACUAGAAGUUAUGAUCAAGAGAGGGAGCAGAGUGAGGUCGAGUCGCAUCGGGCUGCUAACCGUCCGGCCACGGCUGGUCGGGUUAGAGCAUUGCAUCCGUUCACGGCCACAAUCAUGGCGGAACAGAUUCCGGACCGAAUGUUCCCAACCUUGGACAAAUAUGAUGGCUCGGGUGAUCCGGAAGAGCAUUUGAGGUCUUUUGUGGACGCGAUGACCGUUUAUUCGCCCAGGGAGAAUGUAUGGUGUAGGGUUUUUUCUUUGUCAAUAAAAGGAGAAGCCUUAGCUUGGUUCCACUCACUGAGACCUCGAACCAUCAAUAGUUUUGCUACUCUAAGGGAUAUGUUCGAACGACAGUUUUCGGCAGAACGAGCGCGAAAUCUGACGUAUCUAGAGUUAACUAAUAUAAAGCAGGAGAAAGGAGAAAGUCUUAGGGCUUUCAUGGACAGAUUCAACCGAACCGCUCGACAAGUAAAGGGGGUAGGCAAGAAAUUUACCAUUAGCACUCUGGCAACCGCGCUGAGGCCUUCCCAAUUUGCUGACAACCUGUUCGCGGAGCCUCCAUUAACUCUAGAUGAGUUACAAGAGAGGGCUGCUAGGUUCAUAAGGAUAGAAGAGAUGAGGGCGGUACAGCGAAGGCAGCAAGAGCAAGGGACGAGCGCGGGGCAGGAGAAGAAAGAAGGCAAGAAGCCGUUCGUCCCAAGCGAACGGCCAAAAGGUCAAAAAUUUAGAGAUGGCCCGAAGGGGGGUAGGUAUGAGCGAUACACCCCGCUGAACGCACCGAGAGCGAGGGUGCUUGAGGAAGCCCUAAGUGCGGAUCUGUUGAAGGUGAGACCUUCCAAGUCAUCACCAAAGGCAGAUGGAACUAAACACUGCACAUAUCACUUGAACAUAGGACAUAGCACCGAGGAGUGCACGGUGUUGAAAGAUAAGGUGGAGGAAUUGAUCCGAGCGGGUCAUUUAAGGAGAUUUGUGAAGGAAGAGAGAGGGACAAGAAGUUCACCCAGGAGGACUCGGGUGGAAAGAAAUGAUAGAAGAGAGGACCGGCGUCCCGACCGCAGGAGGAGUAAAAGCCGCAGCCAUGACCGAUCGCUGCGAGGGACAAUAAACACCAUCUCGGGUGGAUUUGUGGGGGGGGCGUCCGCUUCCGCGAGGAAGAGAAACUUGCGGGAGCUUAAGAGCGUUCAUAGGGUGCAGGUGAGAAAGCGACACAUGCCGCCAAUCACAUUCACAGAUGAAGAUUUUCAUGCUCCCGAUCCAGAUGAAGAUGACCCGAUGGUGAUAACGGCAGUUAUUGCCAGGUAUAGCGUGGGAAAGGUGUUAGUGGAUCAAGGCAGUUCUGUCAACAUCUUGUACUUGAAAACAUUCCAGCAGAUGGACAUAUCAGAGGACCUGAUCGCCCCAUACAACGAAUAG